ACGCGAUUUGUUGGCCACGAGGAACCCGAGCGCGUAUUUUUAAAAAAUUAUCGUUAUUUUCUUUCCUGAGGGCGGCAGUGGGCUGUAAAGAUGAGGAGCAGCCUGGUGGCUUUUCCUCAGUUUCCUCUCGUGGAUAGGGGCUGCCUGCGUUGCACGAGGCGUGGUGAGCAAAGCUGCUUUGGGCUGUCCUGCUGCCGUGUGGCUGCAGCCCGGCCUACUCGGCAGCCCAGCCGGCUCCGUUGGGACAAAUCCUAUGCAGGAAGUACAGGACAUGCUGUUGACUUGAACAUAUUUCUGGAUGACCCAGAAUUUGCAGAAAUUAUUCAGAGAGCCGAACAAGCUGUAGAGUGUGGCGUUUUUCCAGAAAGAAUCUCUCAAGGAUCCAGUGGGAGUUACUUUGUUAAGGAUCCAAAGGGGAAAAGCAUUGGAGUGUUCAAACCAAAAUCUGAAGAGCCUUAUGGACAUCUAAAUCCAAAGUGGACCAAAUAUUUUCACAAGAUUUGUUGUCCUUGCUGCUUUGGCAGAGGCUGCCUCGUUCCGAAUCAGGGAUACCUCUCUGAAGCUGGUGCCUAUCUUGUGGAUGACAAGCUUGGACUAGGAGUUGUACCUAAAACUAAGGUUGUCUGGCUUGUCAGUGAGACCUUUAACUACAGUGCAAUAGAUCGUGCAAAGUCGAGAGGAAAAAAAUAUGCUUUAGAAAAAGUGCCAAAAGUUGCUAAAAAGUUUAAUAGAAUUGGACUACCUCCUAAGGUUGGCUCCUUGCAGCUGUUUGUUGAAGGAUAUAAGGAAGCUGACUACUGGCUCAGGAAGUUUGAAACUGAUCCUCUACCUGAGAAUACAAGGAAAGAAUUUCAGUCACAAUUUGAAAGAUUGGUUAUCUUGGAUUAUAUCAUCAGAAAUACAGACAGAGGUAAUGAUAACUGGUUGGUCAGGUAUGAAAAACAAGAUGAUGGAACCGAUCUGUCAGAUAAGGAUAUCCAAUGGACUGUAACUAAAGAUCCUAUUAUUAAAAUAGCUGCAAUUGACAACGGGUUAGCUUUUCCUUUUAAGCAUCCUGAUGAGUGGAGAGCGUAUCCCUUUCACUGGGCUUGGCUUUCUCAAGCAAAAGUUCCUUUCUCUCAGGAGACCAGAGAUUUAGUUCUUCCUCGAAUUUCUGAUAUGAACUUCGUGCAGGAUCUUUGUGAAGACCUUUACGAACUGUUUAAGACUGAUAAAGGGUUUGACAAAGCUACUUUUGAAAACCAAAUGUCCGUUAUGAGAGGGCAGAUACUGAACCUUACUCAGGCACUAAAGGAUGGGAAGAGUCCUCUCCAGCUUGUUCAGAUGCCCCGUGUGAUUGUGGAGCGAAGUAGCACUGGAAGUCAGGGCCGAAUUGUUCAUCUGAGUAACACGUUCACCCAAACCUUUCAUAGCAGAAAGCCUUUCUUUUCCUCCUGGUAGCAACAAAAAUAUGAGAGAAAAAUCAAUGUCUCUAAUUUAGUAAGCUACUUUUGUGUAAAGGCUCUGCAAUAAUGUAAUUCUGCUGUAUGCCAAGAGCUCUGACUGCCAACACCUCAGAACUUAAGAAAUAUAUUUUGAAUGUAAUCAAAGUUUACAUUUUUUUCUUUGUGUCAAAAUUGUGAAUUCUUAUGUCAGGGAAUAAGAAAAAUUUGUCUAUACUGUAUUUUUAUAGACUAAAUGUAUUCUGAAUAAUAAAGGGAAGAUGCACAGUUUGCAUAUGCUGAAAUACUACUUUUGAAUACAAUAGAAAUUCUAUUCAUUUAAUAUAAAGAUGAGAAUAUUCCCUAUUAAUUUUUUAUAUGUGCUUUAAAAAGAAGCGUAAGAUGUUAUCUUUGAUUGUGAAAAUGCUUUUCCAUGUCAUUUCUUUCUGUUAUCUUAUUCUAUUUAUAGGUUUUCAUAGUUUAAUUACUUGAGGGGAGGGGGGAAGUCCUGUCUAUUUAAAAAAAAAAUAAAAAUAAAAGCUGUUCUUGACACCCAUAUAACAGUAUGGGGAAAACUUGGUCCAAAUGUGUCUGUAUGGAGGGUAUUUUUGAUUUAGUUUUUUUCCUCUCCCUGAAUGUGGGGAUCGAAAAGAAUAGUUUCUUAGUUUAAAUUAUGGCAAAAUCCUGCCCCUUGGUAAGUACAUACAGUUCCUACGGUGACUAAAUAUGCUAGGUGUAUAUUUCAGACAAUGAAAUUUCCUCUGGAAAUUUUUUGACUUGUGUAUUUAAAUGCAGGUAUGAAAAAAUCCUAUAUUUCUCCAUGGACCUAUCACAAAAGAAUAACGUUGUUGUUAAAAGUCUGACUUUUGCCAUAAGUGUAUGAAUGUGUGUAAGUCAUCAGUGCUCACCCACGUGGUUCUUGGCUGUUUUUGACAAAAGCGCUAAAGUGUUCCUCACUGAACCAGCCUGCCUUCCGCAUUCCCAUUGGAAUACACUAUUAUUUUUCACCGGAGAAAAGUAGUGUAACACAGAGGGCAUAGACUGAUGGUCCUACCUGUAGCAGUGUCAUGCUCCUCUGCCAUUUUUUAUUUGCUUUUGUAUGUAAAUGUUAUAUGGUUAAAGCUUUCUCAUCCCUUUGCCAAGUCGGUGACUUAUGAAACAUGGUAAAUAUUUUUAUUUUAGCUAUCUUCUGGACAGUUCAAAAAUAGGAAUGGGAGGAAAAAUGCUGCUUUUAUGAAACCUUCAGUAUUUGAGACAUUGCUGUAUUUUGUAAUUCUAAGCAAUACCGUUGAACUGUAAUAAAAUGCUUUUAUUUUAUAUAAAUUUGGAGUGAAUGAAAAUAUUAAUGUAGCAUGUCAGCCCUUCACUUGAUGAACUGUGAUGUUUAUGCCUUAAAUGUAAAACUUCGGUACUGUGGGGGUUUACAA